GUGUGCAGCCACAUCAGCAACCUCUUCGAGGGUGUGGCACACAAGUUCGAGUACAAGAUGCGCCUCGUCUAUGCGCACUUCCCCAUCAAUGCCAACAUCAUCAACGGCGGCAAGACCAUCGAGAUCCGAAACUUCCUGGGUGAGAAGGUGGUGCGAACUGUGCACAUGCUGCCGGGCGUGACGGUAGAGAAGAGCGCGUCCACCAAGGAUGAGCUGGUCGUCUGCGGUACGGACAUUGAGCUCACGGGCCAGUCUGCUGCGCUGAUCCACCAGUCCUGCCUCUGCAAGAAGAAGGAUAUCCGAAAGUUCUUGGACGGAAUCUACGUCAGCUCCCAUGGCGUCAAGGAGGAUUGA